AUGGAUUCAGAUUUAACUUUCGAUGAUAAUGAUAACAAUGAAAUUGUCUUUUACGAUGACAGCACAGAGGAUCAUGAUAAAACGGUUGAAGACGCAGAAUCAGAAGAUGACGCAAAUGGUGCGUUUGGAGCUAUGGCAGAAGAAGAGGAAGAGGAAGAUGAAGACGGUGAGGCCGACAUCGAAUCGUCAGAUGACGAUGAUAAGGAAGAAGUAAGAGAUUUUCACACAAAGCGCGGCGAGCGUGCAUCCGACUCUUCAAGUGAAGAGGAAACAGAACAAGAGAAACAACGUAAAAAAUCCUACUUCUCGCUACCCCCUUCGCUCCCCGAAACCCCGAUAACGUCCUUCUCUUCCCUAAACUUGUCACGUCCGAUCCUCAAAGGCCUAUCAAUCCUACACUUUGUUACCCCGACGCCAAUCCAAUCCCAAACCAUUCCCGUCGCUCUAAUGGGUAAAGACAUCUGCGGAGGAGCGAUAACAGGUUCUGGCAAAACGGCCGCAUUCGUGGUCCCGAUUUUGGAGAGAUUGCUAUACAAACCGAGAGAAAAGGCUUCUACCAGAGUCUUGAUAUUGUGUCCAACGAGAGAAUUGGCUAUACAGGUUGACAAGGUGGCGAGGACGAUUGGGCAAUUUGUGGAUGUUAGCUUUUGUUUGUGUAUUGGCGGGCUGUCGUUGAAGCCACAAGAAACAGAGUUGCGUCAGAGGCCUGACAUUGUAAUCGCGACGCCGGGACGUUUGAUUGAUCAUGUGCGCAAUUCACCAUCAUUUAGUUUGGAUUCAAUCGAAAUACUGGUUAUCGACGAAGCUGACAGAAUGCUCGAAAACGGCUUUGCGGCAGAAUUAGACGAAAUAAUAAAGUUUUGUCCUAAAUCUCGCCAAACCAUGCUCUUUUCAGCAACAAUGACGGACAAUGUUGAUGAACUGAUACGCUUGUCACUGAAUCAUCCUGUGCGAUUAGUGGUCGAUUCUGUGAAUUCCGCUUCCUCAAAACUCAUUCAAGAAUUCGUAAGGAUAAGGGAGCACAGAGAAAAAGAUCGAGCAGCCGUAAUGUUGGCAUUAUGUAGUAGGACAUUUAAACACAGGGUGAUAAUAUUCUUUAAGAUUAAAGUGUCGGUACAUAAGAUGAAGAUUGUGUUUGACUUGAUGGGCUUAAAAGCUGGUGAAUUGCAUGGAAGCUUGUCACAAGAACAGCGAUUGCAAGCACUCGAAGCGUUUAGAAAAGGCAGGGUUGACUUUUUAUUAGCAACAGAUCUAGCGUCUCGUGGAUUGGACAUUAAAGGUAUAGAAACUGUAAUCAACUAUGACAUGCCACAGACGCACGCGCUGUAUCUUCAUAGGGUGGGUCGAACUGCUCGUGCUGGACGUAACGGCCGGUCGGUCAGUUUAACAGGAGAAUCCGAUAGGAAAAUCCUCAAGAAAAUUCUCAGACAUACGCCACACUCUCAUCUCAAACGUCGAGUGAUUUCUCCCGAAAUCAUAUCCACAUACCAAGACCAAAUCGAUUCACUACAAGACCGCAUAAAACAAAUUUUUGCAAACGAAAGGGAACAAAAUGUCAUCCAACGAGCCGAGAUGGAGUUGCAAAAGAGCGAAAACAUGUUGAUACAUCAAGAGGAAAUCAUGUCCAGACCGGCGCGGACGUGGUUUAUUAGCGAAAAACAAAAGAAAUUGGCAAGCGGCAGCGGUGGCAAUGAAAAGAAAAAAAUUAGAGACAAAUAUGCGGGAAUGCCGAGAGCUAAAAAGAGGAGGUUAAAGUCUAUGGAAGAAGAGGAUGCUAUUCACAAAGUUAAAAAUGCAAAAUCUAUAAAAGUUGCCAAGAAGGCACUAAGACCCAGUAAGAUUACAAAGUUGCCGCCUGAGAGUCAGAAGGUUGGAGGUGGUGCAAUAAAAAAAAAGGGUAAAAGUAAGAAGACUGAAAAACGUGUGCGAUUCGAUCUGGACUUGGCGGACGUGUCUAAAAAGAGUUCUGGGGCCGUUAUAUCAAAGGGAAAGAAAAAGACGACAAAAUUAAAAAGUGGUAAUAGUAAUAGCAAGAAUAGUGAAAGUAAAAAAGGUGGUAAAAGUUUGAAAAGGAAGGGUGGUGAAAGUUUGAAAAAGAAGGGUGGUAAAGGUUUGAAAAAGAAGCGUGGCAAAGUUGCAAUGAAACGAAAAAGAUAA